UAGCGCUAAACGUAAAGAUGCGCGUUGGGGUGCCCGCGUGCUUGCUGCUUAUGGUGUGCUCAAUCAACGCGCAACUUGAUCAGAUCCGAAGACGACCCUUCUCGUCGCCUGCAACAGGCUGCCUAGAGAACCGGCUUCUUCGGCUGCGGCUCGAAUGCGAAGGUUCACUCGAUGACGUGGCACGACUCAGGAUGAAAAGGGACCAAUCGGAAUCAUGCCGAAAACUUCGCAAGUAUAUAACGUGCAUCGACAUGGCGCUAACGUCAACAAAGUGUCGCAGAGACCGCUACGUUUUUGGUCGGGAAGUGGAACGCCGCAAGCGCCAAGUGGAGACCUACAACUGGGACUGCAGUUUACAAAUGCAAAACUACGACUACGUCAUGUGCGACAGCAAAACUCUUUUGAACCGCCAUCUUGCUUGCGGCACAACUUUCGACAGGUCGAUUGUCAACCUAAACUUCGAGCUUGAUGAGGACAAAGAAAAACUCUGCAGCUCGCUGACAGACUACAAGCACUGUGUAACACCUCUGAUAAAGAACGACGCUUGCUCUGGAAACAAAAACCUCAUCUCAAGACUACUUCACUUCUCAAGAGCUGUGGUGGGAGAGUACCAGACAUCUUGCAAGACGAUAGCCAUGAAACACAUGAUGCAAGCUCGUCAAGUUGAGGAAACAGCGUGCCUCCCCGAGGACUUGAGAGAGAAAGUGCUUACCUGCCAGCAGAGCGCCUACCGCACUAUUCGCGCACGGGAUGUGCACAGCGAGACGGACAUUUGCGAGGAACUGGACCUCAUGAAAGAAUGCAUCGAAAACGCUCUCAAAGAAACCAGCUGCUCACGUGACAUUACCUCGAUGCGGGUUGCAAACGACACGACGGCGGAAUCAUACGCUCGGUACAACGUCAAGUGCCGCAGGUUCUGACAUAAAGUGAUUAUCUCCAGCUGCGCCAGCUCGCUUACUGCACGCAUCUGCUCACUCCCUGACACCUCCAUUGACUCGGUUAACCUCCUCCUCAUGUCACGCAGCAAACAAUAAACAUCGUUUCUUGUCU